CCUUGCUAAAAGUAUACUUAAAAGCAGGAGUUUGACGGACGGCGCUCUGGUAGGCACCUGUGACCGCAUUCGAGAGUACAGUCGUCAGUCGAGAGCCGGAGUUGAGUCUGGUUGGACUCAUAGCUACAGCACUGGACGAGGUUUCUUGAACAAACGGAAACACUUUCACCGAGAUGCUGAGGGAAACGCUUCUCGUUUUCGCGGCACUUCUCGUGUUCGCCAGUGCCACGUUAGUUAAUCAGUGUGAGACUGGAGAACCGUUCGAGGAUUCCUCGCAGAUUAGCGUAUCCGGUUGCGACGAACCUGAGUGUCCUUUGAAACAAGGAACGACUGCCACCAUAGAAGUCAAACUUUUGCCCAGCAGAACUAUUCAGAGCUUGACUAAUGAUGUGAAAGGGGUCCUUUUUAACGUGCCCUUGCCCUUUGUGGGAGUCGAUGGGACAAAUGCCUGCGAUAACAUUUACAAUCCUGAUGGUAGCAAAGGUGGAUGUCCCUUGAAGAAAGGAGUGCAAUAUAUAUAUAGGAACAGUUUCCCGAUACUGACGAUAUAUCCUAGGGUUGCAGUGGUCGUACGUUACGCAUUACGAGAAGAAAAUAACCAGGUGAUAUGCUUUGAGAUACCAUCAAGGAUUACGAAAUAAAACGCAUUGCUGAGUUGGACAUAUUAUAAUUAAAAAUUACAGCGAAUAUAGCCCACGUAGCUCCGAGCUUAUAUAAUUUAAUUGAUCAAUAUUAUGAAAUAUUGUAUGCAAUUUUAAUCCUUCCAAUACGAAGCUAUAUUGCAAUAUGUAUAUAAUAUAUUUUUAAUAAAAUAACUUCACUUUUAAUUAAAA